CAAAUACGGCGUAAGACUAUUUUUUCUGUAUUUGCUAGGAACAUUCUCCGGGGCAAGAAAACUUCCCGUCAGUUGUUUCCAGUCGGCGUGUUUUUGUGAACGUACCAUUCUCGCUCAGUAGCAUAAUAAAGGAAGAGAUCGCCAGGUCAUGGAGUUUGCAGAGCUGAUAAAAACACCCAGGGUAGACGGGGUCGUCCUCCACCGGCCUUUCCUGCCCACCGUGGAGGGGACUCUGUGUUUGACCGGCCAUCACCUGAUUCUCUCCUCCAGACAGGACAACACGGAGGAGCUGUGGCUGCUGCACUCAAACAUCGACUCCAUAGAAAAGAGAUUCGUGGGGUCUCUCGGAAGCAUCAUUGUCAAAUGCAAAGACCUGAGGGUGAUCCAGUUGGACAUCCCUGGUAUGGAGGAGUGUCUCAACAUUUCCAGCUCUGUUGAGGCUUUGUCCACUCUUGAUUCGGUCUCCCUGAUGUACCCUUUCUUCUACCGGCCCAUGUUUGAGGUGAUAGAAGAUGGCUGGAAUUCUUUCCUUCCAGAGGAGGUCUUUAAAGAUUUGGAAUCCAUGACCGAUGAGUGGAGGCUGAGUGAAGUCAACAAGGACUUCAGCGUGUGUCCGUCAUAUCCUCCUCUAGUGGCGGUGCCCAAAGAUGUUGACGACGACACGCUGAGAAAAGUGGCUUCUUUCCGUCACAGUGGCCGGUUUCCAGUACUUAGCUAUUACCAUAAAAAGAAUGGCAUGGUGAUGAUGCGAGCGGGGCAGCCUCUGACUGGAACCAAUGGGCGACGGUGUAAGGAGGAUGAAAAGCUGAUCAACGCCACCCUGCGACCCGGCAAACGUGGCUACAUUAUUGACACGCGCACCAUCAACGUUGCCCAGCAGGCCAAAGCUCGGGGUGGAGGAUUUGAGUCGGAGGCUAACUACCCCCAGUGGAGGAGGAUCCACAAGACCAUUGAAAGGGCUAAUGUCCUGCAGGAGGGCCUGAUAAAGCUGGUGGAGGCAUGUAAUGACCAGUCGCACAACAUGGACCGCUGGUUAAGCAAGCUGGAGGCGUCUAACUGGCAGACUCAUGUCAAGGAGAUCCUCACCACUGCUUGUCUUGCUGCCCAGUGUAUUGACAGGGAGGGGGCAUCGGUGCUUGUUCAUGGUACAGAAGGGACAGACUCCACCCUGCAGGUGACGUCCUUGGCUCAGAUCAUCCUCGAUCCGGCCUGCAGGACCAUCAGAGGCUUCCAGGGCCUGGUGGAGCGAGAGUGGCUCCAGGCGGGUCACCCGUUCCAGCAGCGCUGUGCCCAGUCGGCCUUCUCCAAUAACAAGUCCCGCCAAGAGGCGCCCGUCUUCCUGCUUUUCCUGGAUUGUGUAUGGCAGAUCCUUCGGCAGUUUCCCUGCUCCUUUGAAUUCAGCGAGAGCUUCCUGGUGCUGCUCUUCGAACACACCUACGCCUCUCAGUUUGGUACCUUCCUGGGCAACGGUGCGGCUGGGAGAGCCAAACUGUCCCUGCCUGAGAAGACUGUGUCCCUUUGGUCGUGGGUGAAUCGGCCCCAGGAGCUGGAGCGUCUGACCAACCCGCUCUACGAGGCCAACAGCCUUGUGAUCUGGCCCUCCGUGGCCCCUCAGAGCCUGCUGCUGUGGGAAGGAGUGUUCCUCCGCUGGAACCGCUCUUCCAAGUGUUUGGAUGAAGCCUAUGAGGAAAUGGUGCAUAUUAUUGAAUACAACAAGGAGCUACAGAACAAAGUAAACAGCCUGCGCAGGCAGCUAGCCCAGCUGGAAACUGAGGACCCCCUGCUUCAAACACCAUAGAGAGUGUGUUUGUGUGAGAGAGAGAGAGAGAGAGAGAGAGAAAGAGUGAGUGAGAGAGAGCGUGGUAGAAAAUGUGGAAAAAUAACUAGAUGUAAAUACAGGUCAGUGUCAGCGCGGUCUUAGGCUUCAUUUGCCAAUUUUUGUUCCCUGUUCACGUGAAAAGCAAGAGCACUCAGAGAGCGCAGACCUCCGCCAAGGCUGAGCAAAACCUUCACCUACACAUAUGCAGUUUCACCCAAAUCUUGCAUUACCAUUUCCAAUCUGUUCCAAUCCAAUUGUUGUUUUUUUAAAUGUUAUGUGUUUGUGAAGAUAUGGCUCAAAAUGUUUGGCAAUGGUGAAGAAUCCAUCAAAGGAUAUAAGAUAUUCUGCUCCAAUUCAAUCACCUGUUACCAUUGCAGAGUCCAAUCUUUGAUUAUUAUUAUUUUUAAUCUGUAACUUUUUGAGCAAUCCCUCUCACGGAUAAACAAACAAACUGAACGCAUGACCUCCUCGGCGGAGGUAAGGAAAUGUAAUUGGCCCUAUAUUGGCCUCCUUUAAGCUCAAACUCAAAGCGUCAUUGAUUUUGCAUGAAUGCAGUAAUUCUUCACAAACAUGACUUGAUGAGUGAGAAAGGGGGGAUAAAAUGAACACAAGCAGUUAUUUCUCAGGUCACUGCUAAAAGCCAAACUGUCUCACAGGCCUUGGGUAUCAGUUUGUAGGCACGACAGAUGUGUAGAAAACAGCGUUGUGUUCUUUAAAUACUGCUUUGGCCGGUCAGCUGAUUUCACAGUUGCUAAGCAAGUUACUCCUCAAACUUACUGACCUUCGUUUACACACUCACACAUCUUAACAUUGAGUGAGCGACGCCCCUUUCCUGCCCAAACUACAUGCUUGUGCAUUCAUAUUGUUGAGGUAGGAGAUACUGGGGCAUUUGGGUGACAGUUUUCACUUAAAGACUUUCAGGCUACAUAUUUUCACCAACCAUCCUGCUGAAUGUAUAUGACACUGAAACGCUGCAGAGUAACUAUGGCAACAUAUAGGGUGCUAUAAGGCAGCAUGUGGCUUUGCCGAUGCUCGAUGAUGUAAUGAGCGUAGGAAGGGUCAGCUACUACUGUACCUGUACCGUACAACCAGAGGGGAGGCUUGUUUGAAUGUAAAAUAUCCUGAUGGUUGAACGUUGGUCCGAUCAUUAUUUGACAUUCCAGUUAGUAUCAUGUCUUUACACAAAUUAAGUACAAGUAAGAUUUAUUUAACAAAACCUCAUGAAACAAUGUCACUUUGCUGGGAAAUGUCUUUUUUUUUACUGCCAUAAUAGACAAAAGUAAAUAUGUUCAUAUUAAAUGUCAAAACAUGCCAAUACAUCCAACCAAUGUAAACUCCAAUUUGUUACUUGUUUACUUGAAAUCUGAGGAAAAAAGACAGUGUGUAGUGGGAAAGUUCACAUCUGUGUCAACCCGGUGGCCCUGAAGUCAUUUGAGACAUAUAUGACUCGACCUAAAUUCUCCUGGCACUUCGAUUGGCCUAAAGCUUAUGGUGCUAAACUGUGACUGCGAGGAGAGAAAAAGAGGUGAACUUGCGGUAAAAUUGGAUCCAGCGUUCAUCAUUUGUCUUUGCCAGUAGGGAAAUGUAUAUUCAUCUGCUUAUUCCCAUGCCAUCUUUAUAUAUUUCAUCUGUUUUGCUUCAAUAAUUAUGUAAUAUUCACACUAAACAGAACAGAUUCCAGCCACUACAUACAACUGCUUUGGAAAGGGAAUGUUUACAUGUAUGUUUCUUGCCUGCACUAUAUACAUUUACCAAAAACACACCUGAACAAUGGUUUUCACCAAAGUGUGGUGUUGAUUAAUGAUUAUAAAUUAAUUUCUUGUAUUGCUUGGUCAAAAAUAAUCAACAAAACUCUAAAGGAUUAUCAGCACUGUUGUUUGUCUGUUGUUGUUGUUUUGCUUAUCAAAUUUGUGCAAUGCCUUACUGUGAAAUCCGAAUAUAAAAAAAACCAAGUUUUUGUUUCUGUAAAAUUUAUAGAUUGUUUAUUUGAUCAACUUUUUUAUGUUUAAUGUUUUCAAGCCAUUAAAAAUUACAGCAAAAAAGA